CCCACAGGCCCCUCGGCGAGGCGGCGAGCUGUGGUGGCGGCUGCUGCGGGACCCCGCUAAGGAAGUCGAGGCGAGCACCCAGCAUGGGCCGGCAGCGUCCUUCCUAGUGCCCGCCGCGGUGCCGCAACAAAAGGCUGGUCGUGGCCUAGCGGCUGGGAUUCUCUGCUGGAGCGCUUGGCAUGCGCCUGCCCCGCGGCGGCGAGGUCUCCCCCGGGGCGCGCCGGGGUUUUCCCCAGGCGGCUUCCCCAGGCGGCUUGGAUUACAGAGUCCUGGAUGUUUGCAGCUUUUUUCUUCAGCUGGUAGGGAGGAAUACAGGUGGAAAUUGACCUGCAGCCAUUCCUUGUGAAAGGAAGAAGUGCCUCGUCCUGAAAAGGCUUCUGAAACAAUCUAUAGGCAUCUGAGAAGUGAAUUGGAAGUUUGAAGUCGUGAGCUUUUUCUCUAGCGGUGCUGAGCACCUCACCCUUGGAUGCUUUUGUCCACAUGGCAUGGAUACACGGCUACAUUUAUCAAGUUCUGAAAACCAGUUGCCAAAAUAAAUUGCUCCUGUGAUUUUAGAUAAAUAUUUUUAUUCCCAGCCUAGGUAGACAUUACUAAAAAGUUUCAUGGCAAAUAUUUUUCCUCUUACCUUAUUUUUUAGAUUUUCUGACAUAGAAUUCUGUCUUUUUGCAAUGAGUCCUAUUUUCUGAAUGAGGAAUCUAACAUAUAUUUUUUUAUCAUUUAUUCCUGUGAUUUAAUGGUUUUGUGGAAAAAUGUUGCCAGUAAGCAGUAUAGAGGUAUCCAGAUAGCUGUUGUUUACAAAUGUCACUGUUACCUGAAGGCAGGAAAUCCAUGGUUCAGACAUGAAAUUUGGAUUUUUUACUUCACAGUUUGUGGUGUGAAGUGUAUAUUUUGUCUGAAGCUGAUGCUUCUUAUAGUGGUAUGUACAUGGAAUAGACAGGAAAAUAAACUGUGAGGGGGGGAAAAAGAGUUUUUUACAUCUGAGAGUUGCCAAAUUUUGGAAAUACUCUUGCAUCUGUAAGCAAGAAGGAUGGGUAGCUGAUUUCUGUGAGAUCAAACCUAUGUCAAACAGCUGCAAAUGUAGUAUCAACAAGAACUUGGGAUAUUACCUCAAAGAAGACAAACUGGAAAAAUAUAAAUCACACAGUGCUGACACCUUGUGUGGUCCUCUUGAAUUAGGUUUGCAUUCAGCUGUAUUGUUACUGCCUCAAAGAAAAUUUAAGAUGGACAGAACAACUUAAUUCAAAAGUUAGUGGGACCUGCCAUGAGGUGCUAAGACCUCGUUUGUUUGAUUUGGAGAGACUGGACCUAAAUGGCGCAGCAUGACUUUGCUCCAUCCUGGCUUAGUUUUCCAACUCCACCAUCAGCAACAAAGUCAUCACCAAACUUUGAGAAACAUUCGGAAAAUUUUUUGUGGAUGAAGACUCCUUAUGAAGCAAAUCUCAGAAGGCACAGCUUUUCAGAUGGGUUUGAUCCUAACAUUGGACGGUCUAGUGGAGGGUAUUUUGGGAGAAAAGAGAGGAAUGGUUGGCGCUCACAAGGCAGAAGUGGUAUAGAAAAUAUACAUCAUCGUGGAGGAUACUAUGGUGGAUGUUCCCGUACUCGUACCAGCUCCUUCUACUGUGGAAAAAGUCAAGGAUUGUAUGAAAACUAUGCAUCUGAUGGUAGAACUGGGAAAAAGGAAGACAAAGAAGUAACCAAACAGUUUGCUGCUGAGGAUUUUCCGUCUUUGAAUCCCGAAUAUGAGAGGGAACGAAAGCAGAAUAAAUCUUCGGCUACAAGUGUGUGGGACUACCCUUUGAAUCCUAAAUCUAGAUCUCCAAGGAUGCUAGUAAUUAAAAAGGGCACUACGAAAGAAAUGCAGGUAUCUGGAUUCCCAGUAGCAGGAGGUCUUCAUUCUCAGACAACGAGGAUUGGAACUGGUGCAAGUGUUUACAAAGGAUUAGUCCCAAAGCUUGUCACUUCGCCUACAAAGCCCAAACAGUGGAAACUCCAAGCAAAAGAAAAUAAAUCUGGGAUACCAUUUCCUCAUAAGUCUGCAUAUGGUGUUGACAACUUCGGUCCUUUCAAAUCAACUGCCAAGGCACAGAAUUCAGUGAAAGAGUGUAAUUGGUCAAAUUCUUCAUCUGCCAUUGGCAAACUUGGUCAGCCUCGUUUAAGAAAAUUGACAAGAAUGCGAACUGAUAAGAAGAAUGAAUUUUUGAAAACAUUGAAACAAGUUAGAGUGGAAGAAAAACAUGAUAAUGAGAAUGAUGCUGGGCAAGAGAAGGAAAAGAAGCCCUUUAAUUUGUGUAACAGCAACAGUCCUUGUGGUGACAGAGAUAUAAACCGAAACUUGGAAAAUGAAGUUCUGCAGGAUAAUGGCAAUGCUUCAGUUACAUCCCAACAGGUUAUUCAAUCAUCAACUUUCCCCCAGACAGGUGUUCUUUCAAGCUCCCUUGAGGCAGAGCUUAGGUUAUUAAGGGAGAUGGGUUGGCAGGAAGACUGUGAAAAUGAUGAAGCAUUUGCUCCACUAACAGAGGAAGAGGUGAGAGAGUUCGAAGUCGUUUUGGAAAAGUUAAAACAAAAUGGUGGCCUUCGGAAAAAUAGUGUUUUGAAAAAUAGCUCCCUCGGUGAUUUUAAAUUUAGCUCCUGGAAAAACAGCACUUUCAAACCUGCCCUUGAGAAUGAGGAUUCUGAGACGAGCAGCAGCGACACGUCAGAUGAUGAUUAUAUAUAAACACUUCCACAAUGUCUGUAGUGGACCACUUUGAUUUCACAAAAUAUGGGGAUGUGUGGUCCAAAUAAAUUUUUCCUAUGUGUAUUAACAUACCCACUGGAGGAGAAUGAUGGGAGUUUUCCCUAAAGAAACCAAGCAAUGUCAUAGUGGGUGUGUUCUUUGUAAACAAUGUUGUAGGAGGUCUUGGGUUGACCCAGCAUAUGUUUUCUUCUCACUGAAGCAUUUCUGGCUAGCAGUGUGGCAAUGUAACAACUCAAGACUUCCACAUUUAAUAAUAAAAGCAAAGAACUGUGUAA